CACGUGUUCCUGUCUGUUUGGGAAUGUUUUUUAUUCCCUGGUUAUACUCUCCAUCCGGAUCAGUGAGUCAUCCUCAGAACUAAUAAUACCCACAAGUCUGUGGUGCUAUUUUAGUCGCAGAGGGCCUGUGAGAGUUUGGCUGAGGGGAACUUUCCGGCUCUCGCCGUCUGUCUGUGCAGCCACGACAGUCUAAAUGGGAACACGGACACAUACACACAGAUUUAGCAGCAUUCAUACGGAGCUGGGUCAAAACCAGGAGCUUCCCCUUCAUUUCAGCGCAUCAAAUCCUUCAGAUCCAGGAGUUCAUUACUGAGGUCUAGAUAACUUGCAUGGAUACAUCUGUCUGGGACAACAACAAGAGAGCACAAGAUAUUUCAGGAGGAGUUGAGAUGUCGAGGCCUCCUUCCUCUCAGACGACCCCUCAGUUCUCCAGGGUCAGUGACAGAGACCUGACUGAGAUUGAGCUCCACUCGGUGGACUCCAUCAAUGACCUCCACCGCUCUCAUCCAGAACAUGGCCACAAAGGGCUGAAGCCCCCUCGGCCCGCGUACACACCCUCCCCAAACGGGAACCUCUACUCCUGUGACAUGACAGCUGUCAAUCAAAGGGGCCAUGGUGUCAGCAGCAAAUGGCAGAGUCGUCUGCAGGACUUGCUGACGCCCAGUUCAUCGCGUGCCUACGCCAUGGGCUACGCCAUCAUCACGCUGCUUCUACUCACCGUGUUACUCAUCUUCUACUUUUAGUCCAGCAGGGCGGCACCCUCCGGAUGUUGACAGAGGCAAUGCGGGAGAAACAGGCUGCCGCCUCAGAGCUUUCACUGCUGAUCCAGGAGCUGCAGGUGCUGAGACACAACCUGACGGCCGCAAGAGGAGGAACAUGAGGAGGACACACACAGGAACCCUA